AUGGCAAGGCUCUCACUGAGUAAAGUGAAGUUGGAAUUGCUUAACUUAGUCACAGCUUUUCUUUUUGUGGUGUCUUCUUUAAUAGUGCGAGUCGGUGCAUUGCAAACUGCUGAUUCCACAUAUGGCUUCACUGAACUUCCUCUACAUAGUCGGAAUUUGAAUAUCCAAAGACCUUAUGAUGUAGCAGCAGAGCAACGCUUUAGCUUUUGCGGUGGAGUCUAUAGAAUGUGGGUAUUUGCUGACGAUAAGCCACACACCCCAACUAGCAAUACAAAGCCUCGAACUGAGAUUCGAAUAAGUGGAUACGAUUACUCGUCGGGUUUAUGGCAAUUUGAAGGCCAUGCCUUCGUUCCCAACAGGACAACGGGUGUUACCAUCAUGCAAAUAAAAAACGCGGUGAAGGACCAUGCGGCAACGACAUUGCAGCUCAGGAUCUACAAUGGUCAGCUCAUGUAUUACGGAUCCCAACUCUUGGCUUCACAUAUUUAUGAUCGAUGGUUCAAGCUCAAUGUCAUUCACGAUAUGAUCACACACAGUGUGAUUGUUUUGGUAGAUGGGGUUCAAAACUUGGAGGUGAAGGACCAAGGAGGAAGUUCUCACUACUUCAAGUUCGGUGUUUAUGGAGCAAAUAACGAAAGCUACUACAUGGAAUCAUGGUGGAAGGAUAUCAAGAUUUUUAAGCUUUAA